UUUAAUGUACCGUAAGAUGUUUUGUUAAGAUAAAGCCAAUAAUGCCAUUUUUUGUGGUCCCCUUUAUUUAGAAACGUACCGAAAAGUAUCAAAAUAACUUUGGUACCGGUACCAAAAUAUUUGUGUAAUAGUCAAUUUUCAAAAUUAUACGAUAACAUAAUAUUGGCCACGCUCACACCAGACCCACAAAUAUAUUGCCAAUCUGCGGGAAACCAUACCAUACCAUACCAACUUCAUUUCAAGAGCCCCUUAAAAACUGCUUAACUGAACACACAAACAUGUCCCCCUGUAAAAUGUACCCUAGAAAACAGUACCUACCCUCUUAAUGCGGGGUAGGUCAGUCUGUUCCUCCUUUAAAGGAGAAUAAUGGGGGCUGUGGUGGAGAGCCUCUCGCUGGCCACACUUGUUGAAGGUGUUCAGAGAGUUUUAGUUGCCGUGACUGCCGGGAAGGCUGCCGAGUUUGGUCUGAAAGAGGAAUAAGUUGGCUUACCGAGUGAAGUUUGAAGACUGCCAGCACAGCAAAGAGGUGGGCUUUGUUAGUAGCGACCCCAACUUCAGUGUGAGGCCCGAUGGGACCGUGUAUGCCGAGCAGGAGUUGUCCAACCUUUCAGAACCCAUCCAGUUCAUGGUGACAGCCCGGGAACUCUUUGACCCGCACAUCUGGGAGACCACUGUUAAGCUGGCACCAGCUGGACACCCCCACUCUUUACCCCUGACAAAGGUUGGCAUUGAAGAAAUGCUAUCAAGAGUGUGGGACUCCCAACCCAGAGUCUUCAAGUUUGCCCGCAAACAUCAGAGAAGUUCCUAUGCCAAUGGACUGAGGCGACAGAAGAGGGACUGGGUCAUCCCGCCCAUCAAUGUGCCGGAGAAUUCCCGAGGACCCUUCCCUCAUAUGCUUGUCAGAAUUCGCUCGGACCAGGACAAGGAUGUUGGGAUUCGCUACAGCAUCACCGGGGCAGGCGCUGAUCAGCCCCCCAGCGGCAUCUAUAACAUCGACCCCAUCAGCGGCAACAUGUUUGUCACCCAACCCCUGGACAGAGAGGAGCGAGCCUCCUUCCACUUGCGAGCGCAUGCAGUGGACAUGAAUGGCAACCAGGUGGAGAAUCCGAUAGAUCUGUACAUCUAUGUGAUUGAUAUGAACGACAACCGACCUGAGUUUAAAAAUCAGGUGUACAACGGUUCUGUGGCUGAAGGAUCCAAACCAGGCUCAUCGGUUAUGCAAGUGACAGCCAGCGACUCGGACGACUCCACCACAGCUAACGGCAUGGUUCGCUACCGCAUCCUCUCACAGACCCCCCACAGCCCCAUCCCCAACAUGUUCACCAUCAACAGUGAGACCGGAGACAUAGUUACAGUUGCUGCCGGUCUGGACAGAGAGAAAGUCUCCCAGUACACCAUUAUCGUCCAGGCCACGGAUAUGGAGGGUAACUUGAACUUCGGCUUGUCCAACACAGCCACAGCCCUGAUCUCCAUCACAGACAUCAAUGAUAAUCCCCCAGAACUAACAGUCAGGACGUUUUCUGGGGAGGUACCGGAGAACAAGGUGAAUGUUGUGGUGGCCAACCUGACAGUGGUGGACAGAGAUCAGCCCCACAGUCCCAACUGGAACGCGGUGUACCGCAUCGUCAGUGGAGACCCCUCCGGACAUUUCACCAUCCGUACCAAUCCUGUCACUAAUGAGGGCAUGCUGACCGUAAUAAAGCCCGUGGACUUUGAGAUGAACCGGGCCUUCAUGCUGACAGUGGUUGUGUCCAACCAAGCCCACCUGGCCAGCGGCAUCCAGUCAUCACUUCAGUCCACAGCUGGGGUCACCAUCUCGGUUCAGGAUGUGAAUGAGCCCCCUGUCUUUCCCGUCAACCCUAAGACGAUCCGCUUCGAGGAAGGUGUUCCGGCAGGGACCACCCUUGCUGUGUUUUCCGCACAGGACCCGGACCACUUCGUGCAUCAGAUUGUCAGGUACUCCAAACUAUCUGAUCCAGCCAACUGGCUGAGGAUCAACAGGACCAAUGGCCAGAUCACCACAAUGGCCGUGCUCGACAGAGAGUCCAUGUACGUCAGAAACAACAUAUAUGAGGCCACAUUUCUGGCUUUCGACAAUGGUAAGUCCGGUUCUCCUCAAGCCAGCGGGACGGGAACCCUCCAGAUCUACCUGAUCGAUGUGAACGACAACCCGCCAGUACUUAUACCCCAGGAGGGCCAAGUGUGUCAACGAGCACGCCCCAAUUCUCGGAUAAAUAUCACCGCUUCGGACGCCGACUCCGACCCCAAUGUGGGGCCGUUUGGGUUCGAGCUGCCGACAUUUCCUCCCAGUGUGCGCCGCAACUGGACCAUUACCAGACUCAGCGGUGACUAUGCUCAGCUCAGGUUGAGGAUUCCUUACUUGGAAGCUGGCGUGUACGAGAUUCCCAUCACUGUGUCCGAUUCCGGGAACCCUCAACUGUCCAACCGCUCUAUGAUCAGAAUCAAAGUGUGUCCGUGUGACCACAACGGGGACUGCAGCGCCACGGGCGCUGUGGCGGCCGCCGGCCUCGGCACGGGGGCCAUCAUUGCCAUACUCAUCUGCAUCAUUGUACUACUCAGCAUGGUGCUCUUGUUUGUGGUGUGGAUGAAGCGCAGAGAGAAGGAAAAGCAGGCAAAGCCGCUGCUGAUCGACCCCGAGGAUGAUGUCCGGGACAAUAUUCUCAAAUAUGACGAGGAAGGCGGAGGAGAGGAAGAUCAGGACUAUGACCUGAGCCAGCUCCAGCAACCCGAGUCCUUGGACCACAUCAUCAAUAAACCAACGGGAGUACGCAGGGUGGAUGAGAGGCCUGUCAUCCCGGAGUCACAGUAUCCUGUCAGACCCAGUCUGCCCCACCCUGGAGAUAUAGGAGACUUCAUCCAUGAUGGUCUUCGGGCAGCAGACAAUGACCCCACAGCUCCCCCGUAUGACUCCCUGCUGGUGUUCGACUACGAGGGCAACGGUUCGACCGCCGGUUCAGUCAGCUCACUCAACUCCACCAGCUCAGGGGACCAGGACUAUGACUACCUCAAUGACUGGGGCCCUCGCUUCAAGAAGCUGGCUGACCUUUACGGAGGAGGCGACGAUGACUGAGAGGAGA